CCCCGAGUCAAAGGCAAGUGAAGGUGGAAGCGGCUGCGGCUGCAGCAGACCCCAGAGUCGGGAGGAGCAAGAACCCUGACCCCUAAUCCCACUGCAUCCAUCCAAUAGAAGCCCAGUCACCAUGGCAGAGCUGCAGGAGGUGCAGAUCACUGAGGAGAAGCCACUGUUGCCAGGACAGAAACCAAAAACCGCCAAGACUCACUCUGUAGAGACACCUUAUGGCUCUGUCACGUUUACUGUCUAUGGCACCCCCAAGCCCAAACGCCCAGUGAUACUCACCUACCACGAUGUGGAACUCAACUAUAAAUCUUGCUUCCAGCCACUGUUUCAAUUUGGGGAUAUGCAGGAAAUCAUUCAGAACUUCGUGCGUGUUCAUGUGGAUGCCCCUGGAAUGGAAGAGGGGGCUCCUGUGUUCCCUUUGGGGUAUCAGUACCCAUCUCUGGACAAGCUUGCAGACAUGAUCCCUUGCAUCCUGCAGUACUCAAAUUUCUCUACAAUAAUUGGAGUUGGUGUUGGAGCUGGAGCAUACAUCCUGUCGAGAUAUGCUCUUAACCACCUGGACACAGUUGAAGGUCUUGUCCUCAUCAACAUUGAUCCCAAUGCCAAGGGUUGGAUGGAUUGGGCAGCCCACAAGCUAACGGGCCUCACUUCUUCCAUUCCAGAGAUGAUCCUCGGACAUCUUUUCAGCCAGGAAGAGUUGUCUGGAAAUUCCGAGUUGAUACAAAAGUACAGAAAUACCAUUACACAUGCACCCAACCUGGACGACAUUGAACUGUACUGGAACAGCUACAACAACCGCCGAGACCUGAACUUAGAGCGUGGAGGUGAUAUCACCCUCAAGUGCCCUGUGAUGCUGGUGGUAGGAGACCAAGCACCCCAUGAAGAUGCAGUGGUGGAGUGUAACUCAAAACUGGACCCCACCCAGACCUUGUUCCUCAAGAUAGCCAACUCUGGAGGUCAACCCCAGCUGACUCAGCCAGGCAAGCUGACUGAGGCCUUCAAGUACUUCCUGCAAGGCAUGGGCUACAUGGCCUCAUCCUGCAUGACUUGCCUCUCCCGGUCUCGCACAGCCUCUCUGACCAGUGCAGCAUCCAUGGAAGGCAACCGGUCCCGCUCUCGCACCUUGUCUCAGAGCAGCGAGUCUGGGGCUCUCUCUUCUGGGCCCCCAGGGCACACCAUGGAAGUUUUAUGUUGA